AUGGUGGAGUCCUUGCGCAAGGAGCCGAAACUCAAGGGCGGGGACCUCAAGUUUGGAAUGGAUCCCGGAUAUAUGAAAGAUGUUCUGGAAGAGUACAAGCUUGAGAAUGCCGCGGCUAGAUAUCGACGAGCUUUGGGAAAGCUCAGCUGGCUCAGCGCCACACGUGGGGACCUGGUCUACUACGUUUCGGUUCUGGCUCGGGGCCAGAGCUCGCCUCAGGAGGUGCAUGAACGAGCUAUGCGAGCGGUACUUAGACACCUCAAGACCGUGGUGAACUACUUUCAGCUCUUCCCGCGCCAAGAAGAAAAAGAGCUCAAGCUCCACUCCAAUGUGGACGCCUCGUGGGGUAGUGAGCGCUCCGUCGACCGGAGGUCGAUUUCGGGUGCGCUGUCGAACACAUCUUGGGUUGCGACCCAGUCGUGCCCCUGCUUUACUGUGACAGUGAAGCCGCCGUCGCUAUCGAGGGCCUUCGCAAACUUCGCCACAUAG